AUGGAAUUACCAUCUACGUGUCUUUUCUCAUCUGGUAAUCUUCUUUUUAUACGAAUCCCUACACACACACAUACAUACAUACAUAUACAUAUAGGAACAAAAGAGAUUACACAAGAAGUAACCAUGAAGUUUUUCAAAAUAGUUUCUUUUCUUGUGUGUACUGCAUACUGCGUGCAAUGUGCACUGUUAGGGAUUGAUUUUGGUACGCAAAAUACCAAGGCCGUCCUAAUUGCUCCUGGUGUUUCACUGGACGUACUGCUAACUCCAGAAUCCAAGAGAAAGGAAGUUUCAGGGUUAGCUGCUACUUUUGAUAAGGACGGAAAAAUUGAAAGGCAUUUUGGGACACAUGCGUUGGCGUCGUGUGUCAAGUCGCCACAGUCCUGUAUGCUCUAUAUGAACACAAUAAUUGAGGGUGAAGAAGGUGAGAUUCAAAGGUACCAAGAGCAGUUUCCCGGAGUGGCCAUUAACAAGGAUAAUCAUGGACUCAUCAGAGUAACGGUGAAAAGCAGGGAUGGAAGUAAAGAGGAAACUUUCCAUAUUGAGGAAGUUUUGGGAAUGGUAUUCAAUGAGAUUAAGAAACGUGCGGAGCAACACUGGAGUGAAAGUGCAUCUUCUGGGAUGAUAACCAAGGUCGACGAUGUUGUUAUAUCUGUUCCGUAUCAGCUCAGUGCCGAAGGUAGACUGAGGAUUAUUGAUGGUGCCGAGAUUGCAGGGUUGAAUGUUGUGUCAUUGGUUGAAGAUGGAAUGUCGAUCGCAAUUGACUAUUUGAAUCGUAAGAAUGAGAUCGAUAGUGCAGACGAGUACCAUUUGAUCUUUGACGGUGGUGCAGGACAGACGAAAUUGACUUUGACCAGUGUUAACAACAAGGACGGGAAACCUGCGGUAAAUAUCAUUAGCCGUGCAUCCACAAAGUCUAUCAACGGUGAAAUAUUUACAAGCAAGAUACGUGAUUUAAUCAUCGAGAAGUUUGAUGAAAGGCAAGGCAAGGGAUUGUUGUUACGGAAAGAUGCUAGGUUGAUGCAAAAAUUAUGGCAAAUUGCGGAGCGGACCAAGCUAAUCUUAAGUGCCAACACAGAAACAGAUGUAUACAUUGAAUCGUUGUAUGACGAUAAUGAUUUCCGUUGUGUCGUUACGAGGGAGGAGUUUGAAGAGUUACUGAAGAAGGAGAGGGGGCUAUUGGGAGAGCUGGUUGACGGUAUAGCUGGGAAUCUGACAUUGGGUUCGAUUGUGUUAUCAGGAGGAUCGUCACGGAUCCCAUGGAUUCAGAAGCUAUUGGUUGAGAAAUUUGGAGAGGAGUCGAUAUCGAAGAAUGUCAAUGCCGAUGAAAGUGUUGUCUUUGGUACGAUUAUGAGAGGUGCACAAUUGAUGGGAUUGAAGCAACGGUUUCAGUUUACUGUGAAUAGUGAACGUACUCUGAAGUAUUGGAGUGAGGAGCUCCAAGUGUCAGAGAGCAUCACAGUUUCUGGCCAAGAGGAAGAAGGGACCUUGGAGAUACCAGGUUUGGCCAACACCACUUUCCACGAUUUCAAUGUAGCGUACGAGAAGGAGUACAUGUUUGAAGUUCCGGAGAGCAUAGACUGUAAUUCCACAAGGUAUGUUUUUGAAUACGGGGCUGAUUUGAACAUGUACUUGAUAUGCGACAUGGGCGAAGGAAAGGAGAGGAGACAUGUACUCAUCCGUCACCAUCGAGGCAUGAAUGAGAUUGCCAAGUUUUCGGCAAAGGAGAAACUACGUCUGCUGGACCACUCUGACGAGGAGAAGCGUCUACUGAGUGACAUGAAGAACAAGUUGGAGACGUUGAUCUACGAGUUACGGGGAGUUGAGCAAAACGAGGCGAAGUUGGCCGAGUUGGACGAGCUUCUCGAUUGGUUGGACUACGAGAGUGGAGAUGCCACUUUUAGUGAUGUUUCUAAAAGAUAUGAGGAGUUGCAUGGAGAAUACCGUGUCAUCCUAGAGGGUGGGCCAUCUGCUGCUCUAGACACGGAGGAGCAGGAUGUCCACGACGAGCUCUAA